CUGGAACCUUUUGUAAUUCAGCGUUUGCAGCCGGACGACAUUUGAAGAAGCGACAACCAUCGGUCUCAUCAUGGCGAGACAUCUUCGCUUCGUUGCGCGGACCGUGAUGGUCCAAGACGGAAACGUCGAUGCGGCUUACAAGACUUUAAACAGGAUCCUGAAUCAGGAGGGAGUUAUUGAAGACGUGAAACGCAAACGCUACUUCGAGAAGCCCUGUCGAGAGCGACAGAGGAAGAACUUUGAGAGCUGCAGGCGUAUUUACCACACGGAAAUGGCCAGAAAAAUCGCCUUCAUCUCCAGGACGAACAGAGAGGAUCCCUGGGUCGGCUGCUAGAGAGAUGGAGUGUGUUGAAAAAGAACAUUUACGGUGGACUGCUUCAGGAAGCAAACAAGAUCAACACAGUGUCACAUCUGGAGAGACUCGGACUGGUGUCACGUUGUUUUACAUGUUUGUAGUUUGUCGUCAAGUUAAUACUUUCUUCACUAAAUUCAUCAGGAAGAGUGCAUUCAUUCUGGUUGUAAUGAACUUCCUAAUAAAUACAUGACACAAACAACAAAG